GAAGCUCAAAUACAGGUUUAGUGCGUGUUAAGCCCGAAAUUUAGGUGGCUAGAAGACCGAAAAACCUGUAUAUUUCUUACAAAGUAGGCAAAAUAACUUCUGGGGACAGACUCUAGUCAUAUUUUACUAUUCACCUUUGGUGGCUUAUCGUUAAUAGGACAAAAUGGGUUGCUGGUUUUCCAAAAAAUCUAAAAGAAAAUCACCCGAAAAAGAACCUACGACGACGGUGGAAGAGAACACGAUCACCAGCAGCAGCAACGCCAACAACAUUGCCCUCAGCAGCAAUGCAACGGAGGAUCCACCUAAACAAUAUAGCUGGGACAAACGUGAAAAGGUUGACCCUAAGGACUUCAUGCUAACAGGGCUGAAGGAUGCCACGGUGGGCCGUCUGCCAGGCAAGCUGAACGGACAGCAGUUUGUCAUCCAGGACUGUGAGAACUGCAACAUCUUCGUGUUUGACCACUCCGCCACCAUCACCAUCGACGACUGCACCAACUGCUGCAUCGUUAUGGGGCCAGUGAAGGGCAGUGUGUUCUUCAGGGACUGUAAGGAUAUCAGGUGUGUGGUGGCCUGCCAGCAGUUCAGGACCAGGGACUGUAAGAAGAUGGAGGUGUUCCUGUGUUGCGCCACCCAGCCCAUCAUCGAGGCGUCCACGGGGAUGAAGUUCGGCUGCUUCCAGUACUACUACCCGGAGCUGGUCUUCCACUUCAAGGACGCAGGCCUCAGCAUCUUCAACAACAACUGGAGCAACGUCCAUGACUUCACGCCUGUCUCAGGGGAGACCAACUGGAGCCUGCUGCCGGAGGACACUGUGGUGCUGGACCAUGUCCCAGCCCCUGAUCCGGAGUCAGAGUUUAAAUCAGUCCGUGUCUCAGCUGAGGCAUCCCGCAGCAUCGUACCCAUGACCAAAGGAGGCAGACGCAAGGACAGUGACGAGUCCUGUCUGUUUGUGUUCUUCGCUGGGGACUACACCACUGCUAACGCCCGGAAACUCAUUGAUGAGGCCUUGGGGAAAGGGUUCGUGUUGGUCCAGACGAAGGAAGUGUCCAUGCGCCCCGAGGACAUCACCAGAGUGUUCCAGAACAAUGCAGAGGGACUCCAGGAGUGGAUCACCAAGGGGCCAGUGACAGCUCUGGAGUUGAAUGGGGACGGGGUAGUAGAGGCCUGUAAGACCAUGUCCAGGGACAUGUUCAGUGGAACCAAGGUGUUUGUUUCAGACAACAGAAAUACUUCCUCUCGAGACGUGGACAACUUCUUCAACUUCGCUGACAUGCAGAUGGGCUUGUAAUUGAAUCACUGCAUGAUCAUCAAAAACUACACCACUGAUACACUUUUGUAUGAUUACAUUUUUUAUUGGUAGUAUUAACACUGGAUAUACCAGUAGGUAGCAGAGAGGACAGGUUAAUCAGCAUAGUGAUGGUAGGUAUCAGAGAGGACAGGUUAAUCAGCAUAGUGAUGGUAGGUAGCAGAGAGGACAGGUUAAUCAGCAUAGUGAUGGUAGGUAGCAGAGAGGACAGGUUAAUCAGCAUAGUGAUGGUAGGUAGCAGAGAGGACAGGUUAAUCAGCAUAGUGAUGGUAGGUAGCAGAGAGGACAGGUUAAUCAACAUAGUGAUGGUAGGUAGCAGAGAGGACAGGUUAAUCAGCAUAGUGAUGGUAGGUAGCAGAGAGGACAGGUUAAUCAACAUAGUGAUGGUAGGUAGCAGAGAGGACAGGUUAAUCAGCAUAGUGAUGGUAGGUAGCAGAGAGGACAGGUUAAUCAACAUAGUGAUGGUAGGUAGCAGAGAGGACAGGUUAAUCAGCAUAGUGAUGGUAGGUAGCAGAGAGGACAGGUUAAUCAGCAUAGUGAUGGUAGGUAGCAGAGAGGACAGGUUAAUCAACAUAGUGAUGGUAGGUAGCAGAGAGGACAGGUUAAUCAGCAUAGUGAUGGUAGGUAGCAGAGAGGACAGGUUAAUCAACAUAGUGAUGGUAGGUAGCAGAGAGGACAGGUUAAUCAGCAUAGUGAUGGUAGGUAGCAGAGAGGACAGGUUAAUCAACAUAGUGAUGGUAGGUAGCAGAGAGGACAGGUUAAUCAGCAUAGUGAUGGUAGGUAGCAGAGAGGACAGGUUAAUCAACAUAGUGAUGGUAGGUAGCAGAGAGGACAGGUUAAUCAGCAUAGUGAUGGUAGGUAGCAGAGAGGACAGGUUAAUCAGCAUAGUGAUGGU